UAGGAGCCCAAGGGCUUAGACCAUCUUUUGCUACUUCCACAGGCACGUUGGUAAGGAAGGGGAUUGGAAGUGGAGCAGCUGGGACUCGAACCGGCGCCCACAUGGAAUGCCAGCACCACAAACAAAGGUACAACCUACUUUGUCAUGGUGCUGGCCCCAAGAUGGUGGAGAUUGUACAUAGUUAUUCAUGGAAACUGUGUAAGAAACUUGUGAUUAGAUCAAUACAUCUGAAAGGUUCAGGAGUGAAUUAUUUUAAAAUCUGAGGGAAAGUUUUCCAGGUACCAGGAACAGCCAGUGCAGUGGCCCUGAAAUGAGACUACUGGGUUUGGUUACAGAACAAUCAGAAAUGGUCAGGGAGUAGUGAGGUAGCAGGACAAGUGGUCACAUUGAGGACUGAGCCAUUUGCUUUGAGUGAUAAGGGGACUCUAGUACAGUUUAUAUGGUUUAUGAAAAUCUGGAUUGGGUCUACAGGUGCCUACUAGGCCAAACAUUUCUAACGGCCCUGAGGACAGCUGGGCUACAUUGAAAUGGAAGUGGGUAGUCUAAGUCCAGUGGUUGGAUCUGAGUAAAUGCCUCCCUGCUCCCCCUACAUGGGCAGACAGUGGUUGGGCCCAUUAGGCUUCAUUGACAGUGGUUGCUGGGGGAGCCAGGAGGUCCUUCUGGCCACAAGAGAGCAGUCUGCCUUGGCAGCUGGGGUGAUGUGGGGCUGGUGCCAGCGGAAUAUGGUGCUUUAUGGGCCUGCCCAGGGCCAUGGGUCCAUGGUUCUUGGCCAGCCCCAUUUACCAGCCAGACCUGAGUCCACUACUGCCGCUGCACCCGACAAUACCAACUGUGGAGCCCCCUGCUCUGACAAUGAGGCUGCCACCCCAGAUAACAUCAGUCAAUCUGGUGGGCCCCUGCCUUCAGCUAGCCACCCAAGUCUAAGUACUCAGGUCGCCAUGGAUCGGAUGAAGAAGAUCAAACGGCAGCUGUCAAUGACACUCCGAGGGGGCCGAGGCAUAGACAAGACCAAUGGUGCCCCAGAACAGAUAGGCCUAGAUGAAAGUGGUGGUGGUGGUGGCAGUGACCUUGGGGAGGCCCCCACACGUACUGCCCCUGGAGAACCUCGCUCUGGACGGGGCCCACUCAGCUCUGCACCAGAGAUCGUGCAUGAGGACUUGAAGAUGGGGUCUGAUGGGGAAAGUGACCAGGCUUCAGCCACGUCCUCGGAUGAGGUGCAGUCUCCAGUGCGUGUGCGCUUGCGCAACCACCCUCCACGCAAGAUCUCCACAGAGGAUAUCAACAAGCGCCUAUCGCUACCAGCCGAUAUCCGGCUGCCUGAGGGCUACCUUGAGAAACUGACCCUCAAUAGCCCCAUCUUUGACAAGCCCCUCAGCCGCCGUCUCCGCCGUGUCAGUCUGUCCGAGAUUGGCUUUGGGAAAUUGGAGACCUACAUCAAGCUGGACAAGCUGGGUGAGGGUACCUAUGCCACCGUCUACAAAGGCAAAAGCAAACUCACGGACAACCUUGUGGCACUGAAGGAGAUCAGGCUGGAACAUGAAGAGGGAGCACCCUGCACGGCCAUCCGGGAAGUGUCCCUGCUCAAGGAUCUCAAACAUGCCAAUAUCGUCACACUUCAUGACAUCAUCCACACGGAUAAGUCCCUCACGCUUGUCUUUGAGUAUCUGGACAAGGACCUGAAGCAGUACCUGGAUGACUGUGGGAACAUCAUCAACAUGCACAACGUGAAACUGUUCCUGUUCCAGCUGCUCCGUGGCCUGGCCUACUGCCACCGGCAGAAGGUGCUACACCGAGACCUCAAGCCUCAGAAUCUGCUCAUCAAUGAGAGGGGAGAGCUCAAGCUAGCUGACUUCGGCCUGGCCCGAGCCAAGUCAAUUCCCACAAAGACCUACUCAAAUGAAGUUGUCACACUGUGGUACCGGCCCCCUGACAUCCUGCUCGGGUCUACAGACUACUCUACUCAGAUUGACAUGUGGGGUGUGGGCUGCAUCUUCUAUGAAAUGGCCACAGGCCGGCCCCUCUUUCCGGGCUCCACAGUAGAGGAACAGCUGCACUUCAUCUUUCGCAUCUUGGGAACCCCAACUGAGGAGACAUGGCCAGGCAUCCUGUCCAAUGAGGAAUUCAAGACAUACAACUACCCCAAGUACCGUGCUGAGGCCCUUUUGAGCCAUGCACCCCGACUUGACAGUGAUGGGGCUGACCUCCUCAACAAGCUGCUGCAGUUUGAGGGUCGAAAUCGGAUCUCCGCAGAUGAUGCCAUGAAACAUCCAUUAUUCCUCAGUCUAGGGGAGCGGAUCCACAAACUUCCUGACACUACUUCCAUAUUUGCACUAAAGGAGAUCCAGCUACAAAAAGAAGCCAAUCUUCGGUCUUCGUCAAUGCCUGACUCGGGCAGGCCAGCUUUCCACGUGGUGGACACCGAGUUCUAAGCCGAUUCUAAGCCACAGACUGAGGCCCCAGCAGGCAGCAGCUGGAGGGAUGCCACACCCCUCACAGGGCAGCCCCCAACCGCAUCCUCCCUGCUUGCUGCCUGCCCUACCUGCCUGAGCCAUGCCUACCUGCCCACUUGUCCCUUGCUGCCUGUGCGAACAUCCGACCAUUGGCCUGUCAAUCCACCCAUUGGCCUGUCUCCUGGGUGCUAACAAAGCUCUCAUCACUCCUA